CGACGCCAACGCGCGUUGCUGAGGUUUUAGGUGUCAUACGGCAACGUUUUCUGACAUUAUCCGAAAGUAAUUUAAUUUCUACUUGAACAAUGGCGAAUCCAAAUUUAACUGAUAUGACGGAAGAAGAUGCAGCCGAUCUGCAGUUUCCAAAAGACAAUGCGUCAAGUAAAGCGAAUGAGAGUGAACUUGAAGUAGAGCUCGAGGUGUCAGUUGAGAAGGAAGAGAUCGUUACUUCAGACCCCGUAUGUGGCAUCUGCAAGUCAACCUUAACAGAGCCGUACAUACGUUGCGCUAAAUGUAAAGACAUCAACAUAUGCCCAUGUUGUUUCUCAAAGGGCUCGGAGAUUGGAAUGCAUAGGAAUGAUCAUGAUUAUAUUAUUGUAAAGAAUGAGUUCCCCAUAAUUGAGAAUAGUGGUUGGACGGCAAAACAGGAAAUAGAAUUGCUAGAUGUUUUACAACAAUGUGGUUUUGGUAAUUGGAUCGACGUGGGUAAAAGGAUGGGAGGCAAAUCCCCAGAGGAGUGCAAGAAACAUUAUUUGCAACAUUACAUUGAAAAUCAGACUCUUCCGGGAUUACCUAAAAUGAGGGAGUCCGAAGUUGCUAUAUUCGGUGCUGAACCCAUCCCUUAUAUGUUUAAAUUACAAGAUGUCGAAGAGCCUCCAAGGUUUGCUCGGGAUACACCUAGUAGCAGAUUAUUAGCUGGCUAUAAUGCUGCCAGAUCAGAUUUUGAAGUGAACUUCGAUAACCAUGCGGAGCUACUCAUUUCAGAUUUAAAAUAUAAUGAAUUCAUUCCAGAAGAUAAUUAUUAUCGUCUUGGUACGGAGUUACAGGUAGCUAUUGUGAAAGCAUAUAAUCACAGACUAAGGGAACGAAUGAGACGCAGAAGAAUUGUACGGGAACAUGGAUUGAUUACUCUUAAGCGAACGAUGUUCUGGCUGCUGAGAUACGAUUCGACUAUACCACGGCCUAUUUUAGAGCGAUUAUUAGUUUUUAUGCAAUUAGUUAGUGGUAUCGAGUUUGAUUACAUAAUUGAAGGCCUGCAUCGUGCGGGAGAGUUGAAAAAUUAUAUAAACAAACUCUUUGAACUGCGGAGUAAUGGCUUGAAGAGUUUCCACAGCGUUUCAAUGUUCCAAAAGCUGACUAAAGUGAGACUAGAAAACGAGAGAGAUCGGAAACAGUAUUUAAAUAAUGCCGAAUAUAGUUGGAAAAGUAUACUGCCAGAUGGCGACCAAAAAGCAAAUUCUUCUCCAGUAAUCAAUGUCCCGCAGCGGAAACCACCUCCACCUCUGGACAUCAAUGGCCUUCCUGGAUAUGAUAAACUUUUGCCAGUCGAGAAAGACCUCUGCUCCUCUGCCAGAGUUGUUCCAGCAAGUUAUCUAGAAUUCAAACAUCUUUUAAUAACAGAGAGUAAAAAGUGCGGCUCAUUACGAUUGGCUCAGGCGCGGACGCUUUUGAAAAUUGAUGUCAACAAAACUAGGAAAAUUUUUGAUUUUUUAACGGAGCAGGGAUAUAUUAAUAAACCUUCUCAGUGAUACUAUAAUUAGUUAGUCUUACAUAAUAUUAUUACACGAAGCACGUGAUCUGCUGUACCAACUGUGAUAAUAGUUUAAUAGGAAUGAUAUAUAAUUUAGUAUAGCUAUAUACAUAAGAUGUAAUAACUCGUAAAAUCGAUAUACUACUAGCAAUAAGUCUAUAAAUAGGAUCUGCUUAUGCUGUAAUGCAUUGUCCCAAUCUGUAUUAAAAGAAUAAUCUAUUAAAGUCACGCAAUCCAUAGUUAA